CGACGGGUUACCGUCUCGGAAACUCUCCAUCACGCAAGCAAAAGGCGAGGGGGCGGCUAAUCAAAUAUUGAGCAGAAAGUCGCGUGGGGAGAGUGUCACGUGGCUAUCCAGGCUCGUCACGCCUGUGAUAAAUACCGCGAAGCAGGAGCAGGGACUAGAGCGCACACCGUCGGACCUGCUCCACUCCAGCACCGCUACCUAGGAGAGUGAGGAGCGCCCAGAGAGUGCGCACCUGCCCAGCAUCCCAGCGGGGCUGACCGCAAAAUUCAAAAUGAAAAUCCUCGUGGCCGUUGCGGUCUUUUUUCUCGUUUCCACUCAACUGUUUGCAGAGGAAAUCGGUGCCAACGAUGAUCUAAACUAUUGGUCCGACUGGUCUGACAGUGACCAGAUCAAGGAGGCGCUGCCAGAGCCCUUUGAGCAUAUUCUGCAGAGAAUCGCCCGGAGACCCAAGCCUCAGCAGUUCUUUGGAUUAAUGGGCAAACGGGAUGCUGAUUCCUCAAUUGAAAAACAAGUGGCCCUGUUAAAGGCUCUUUAUGGACAUGGCCAGAUCUCUCACAAAAGGCAUAAAACAGAUUCCUUUGUUGGACUAAUGGGAAAAAGAGCUUUAAAUUCUGUCGCUUUCGAAAGAAGUGCAAUGCAGAACUAUGAAAGAAGACGUAAAUAAACUCCAUAGCACACUAUUAUUCAGCUUCAUUUGUGUCAAUGAGUGGUGAAAGGUAAAAUAAAAUGCACUAUGAGGAAUGAUUAUUUAUUUAAUAACAAAUGUUGUUAUGAGUGGCGAAACUCAAAAAAGUGUUUAUUUUUUCAUAUUGUGCCAAUAAGUGUUGUAAUUCUAAUGUGGUGACCUCCUCAGAAGUAGAAGUUAGUAGUAAUUCCAGCAAAGCACGGUGUCGAUGGUAUUGCACAAGCUUGCCAAGGAUGCAGUCGCCAAAGAAAGACAUGGCCACUCAGAGCCAGUUCAGACAGCUGCUGCCAUGAGCGCAGGAACUCCUGUGUGCUCUUGUGCUUUUAGGCUGACAAUGUAGAAACUUUGGCAUCUGACUCUAUUGGUAUCCUAGCAGCAUGUUUCAUGUUUUGUGACUAUAUAGAGAUGUUUUUAAAAGUUUCAAUGUGACUCCCUGGUCUUCAUUCAUUGUAUGAUGUGUUGUGAUAGCUACCAUUUUAAAUAAAAGAAUCUAUCUUCA